CCUUCCUUCCCUCCCUCCCUCCACCUCAGUGGCCUUAGAUCUCCACCUCAGCCCGGCGGCUCCUCGUGACCUCGGCGGCCGGAUCCUCCGGGAUGCCUCCAGACCAAACCCGCUCCUGACGCCUUCUUUUAAAGACAGUCCCAUGGGCCAGAGCAGAGGGUCACCAGCAGAGUGGACAUGUUCAGAAAGAAGCCUCCCCCAGAGGAGGAAAGAAGGGUCAGAGCCAAUGACAGAGAGUACAAUGAAAAGUUUCAGUACGCAAGUAACUGCAUCAUGACAUCCAAGUACAACAUCAUCACCUUUCUGCCCGUCAACCUGUUUGAGCAGUUCCAGGAAGUGGCCAACACGUACUUUCUUUUCCUGCUCAUACUGCAGCUGAUACCUCAGAUCUCCUCCCUCUCCUGGUUCACUACCAUCGUGCCUUUAGCUCUGGUGCUGAGCAUCACUGCAGUAAAGGAUGCAACAGACGACUAUUUUCGUCAUAAAAGCGACAACCAAGUGAACAACAGACAGUCUCAGGUUCUCAUCCGGGGCUCGCUUCAGAAUGAAAAGUGGAUGAAUGUUCGAGUGGGCGACAUCAUUAAGCUGGAAAACAAGCAGUUUGUGGCAGCUGACCUGCUCCUGUUGUCCAGCACCGAACCUCACGGGCUCUGUUACAUCGAGACGGCCGAGCUGGACGGGGAGACCAACAUGAAGGUGCGUCAGUCUGUGUCGGUAACGUCUGAACUUGGAGACCCCAACAACCUGGCCUCAUUUGACGGUGAGGUGGUGUGUGAGCCGCCCAACAACAAGCUGGAUCGUUUUUGCGGCACUUUGUACUGGAGGGAUAAGAAAUACCCUCUGACCAAUCAGAACAUGCUGCUCCGAGGAUGCGUGCUCCGCAACACCGAGGCCUGCUACGGCUUGGUCAUCUUCGCAGGCCCGGACACCAAGCUCAUGCAGAACAGCGGUCGCACCAAGUUUAAGCGUACGAGCAUCGAUCGCCUGAUGAACACUCUGGUCCUCUGGAUCUUUGGCUUCCUGGUGUGUAUGGGCGUGAUCCUCGCCGUGGGCAACGCAGUGUGGGAGAGAGAGGUGGGCUCACGCUUUCAGAGCUACCUGCCCUGGGACCCUCCGGUGGACAACUUCUUGUUCUCGGCGUUCCUCUCCUUCUGGUCCUACGUCAUCAUUCUCAACACCGUGGUGCCCAUCUCUCUAUACGUCAGCGUGGAGGUGAUCAGGCUGGGCCACAGCUACUUCAUUAACUGGGACCAGAAGAUGUUCUGCUCGCAGUGCAACACGGCGGCUGAGGCCAGGACCACCACUCUGAACGAGGAGCUGGGUCAGGUUGAAUACAUCUUCAGUGACAAGACUGGAACCCUCACUCAGAACAUCAUGAGCUUCAACAAGUGCUCCAUCAACGGACAGCCUUACGGGGAGAUAACGGAUCCACUGGGAAGUCAGCCAAAGAGGAUCGACUUCUCCCCCUUCAACCCUCUGGCGGACCCGGACUUCUGCUUCUACGAUGACAAGCUGCUGGAGUCGGUGAAGGUGGGCGACGCUCACUCUCAGGAGUUUUUCCGCCUGCUGUCGCUCUGUCACACCGUCAUGAGUGAGGAGAAGAGCGAGGGAGAGCUUGUCUAUAAGGCUCAGUCUCCAGAUGAGGGCGCCUUAGUGACGGCCGCCAGAAACUUUGGCUUUGUGUUUCGCUCCCGGACGCCGGGCACCAUCACCACCACGGAGAUGGGAAGGACGGUCACCUACUCCCUGCUGGCCAUCCUGGACUUCAACAACAUCCGCAAGAGGAUGUCUGUCAUAGUGCGAAGCCCAGAGGGCAGGAUCCGCCUGUACUGUAAAGGAGCCGACACGGUGCUGCUGGAGAGGCUCCACCACUGUAACCAGGAACUGACAGCCGUCACCUCAGACCACCUGAAUGAGUAUGCAGCAGACGGGCUGCGGACGCUGGCUCUGGCCUACAGAGAUCUCUCAGAGGAUGAAUGGGAGUCCUGGUCGGAGAGCCACAGCGUCGCUGACAAAGCCACCGACUGCCGGGAGGACAGGCUGGCCGCAGUUUAUGAGCAAAUAGAACAAGAUAUGAUGCUCCUGGGAGCCACAGCUAUAGAAGACAAGCUGCAGGAAGGCGUCCCAGAGACCAUCGCAGUCCUCUCCCUGGCCAACAUCAAGAUCUGGGUCCUUACUGGGGAUAAGCAGGAGACGGCUGUGAACAUCGGCUACUCCUGUAAGAUGCUGACGGACGACAUGACUGAAGUGUUCAUCAUCGGCGGACACACGGUGCAGAGCGUACGGCAGGAGCUCAGGAGGGCGAGGGAACGAAUGAUCGAGCUGUCACGGACCAGCGAUGGAGGGAAGGAGGAAGGGAUGGAGGGACUGGGAGAGGCCGGCUUCAUGGGAAAUGGGAUGAAAGAAGGACAAGACGAAGAUGAUGCAGCAAGAAUGGAAGAAGGGAAGCAGGGAAGCGGAGGGAAAGCAGGAGGGAAGCAGCUCCAGUCCUCUCCUCCUCCUCCUCCUCCUCCUCCUCCUCCUCCUCCUUCUCCUCCUCCUCCUCCUUCCUCCAACUUAAUGGACAACAUUUCCGGAGAGUUUGCCCUCGUGAUCAACGGCCACAGUCUGGCCCACGCUCUGGAAGCAGACAUGGAGUCGGAGUUCGUGUCGACGGCCUGCGCGUGCAAAGCGGUGAUCUGCUGCCGAGUGACGCCGCUGCAGAAGGCUCAGGUGGUGGAGCUCAUCAAGAAGCACAAGAAGGCCGUCACCCUGGCCAUAGGAGACGGCGCCAACGACAUCAGCAUGAUCAAAAGCGCUCACAUCGGAGUCGGUAUCUCAGGUCAGGAGGGGAUCCAGGCGGUGCUGGCCAGCGACUAUUCCUUCUCCCAGUUCCGCUUCCUCCAGCGGCUCCUGCUGGUCCACGGCCGCUGGUCCUACCUGCGCAUGUGCCGCUUCCUCUGCUACUUCUUCUACAAGAACUUUGCCUUCACCAUGGUGCACUUCUGGUUCGGCUUCUUCUGCGGCUUCUCUGCUCAGACGGUUUACGAUCAAUACUUCAUCACUCUCUACAACAUCGUCUACACGUCCCUCCCUGUGCUGGCCAUGGGGAUCUUCGACCAGGACGUUCCCGACCAGAGGAGUCUGGAGUAUCCGAAGCUGUACGAGCCCGGCCAGCUCAACCUGCUCUUCAACAAGAGGGAGUUCUUCAUCUGCAUCGCCCAGGGCAUCUACUCGUCGGUGGUGCUGUUCUUCGUGCCCUACGCCAUCCUGUCAGACGCCACUCAGAGCACCGGCGUGCCGCUCGCCGACUACCAGACCUUUGCGGUCACCACGGCGACGGCCCUGGUCAUUGUGGUCAGUGUGCAGAUCGCUCUCGACACGGGCUUCUGGACGGUCUUCAAUCAUGUGUUUGUGUGGGGCUCGCUGGCCUCGUAUUUCACCAUCAUGUUUGCUCUGAACAGUCAGAUCCUGUUCAGGAUCUUUCCCAAUCAGUUCCACUUUGUAGGCAGCGCUCAGAGCACACUAUUGCAGCCGGUGGUGUGGUUAACGAUUGCACUGGCGACAGCAAUAUGCAUCGUUCCAGUCUUGGCGUUCCGCUUCCUCAAGCUGGACCUCAAACCUCAGCUCUCAGACACGGUGCGUUACACUCAGCUGGUGCGACAGAAGAGGCGGAAGCUGGCCGGCCGCGGCGCCGGCGGCGCCUGGCGUGGCGCGGGCAGCGUGUCGGAGGGCCGGCUGGGGGCCCGCGGCGGCUCCAGGAGGUCCGGCUAUGCCUUCGCCCACCAGGAGGGCUUCGGAGAGCUGAUCACUUCAGGGAAGAACAUGCGGCUGUCGUCGCUGGCCCUGGCCACCUUCGCCUCGAGGCACAGCUCCAGCUGGAUAGACACGCUCCGCAGGAAGAAGGCCACGCUCACCAACACUCCCCCAAGCACGUCGGGGGAGUGCAGCCCGGCGCCCAGCUGCCUCUCCGGGUCGGUCCCGCCGCUCUCCAACUCUUCCUCCGUUCUGGGCGUCUCUCAGGAUACGCCCAUCGAGGAGGAAACCAUCGCCGCACCAGCUCCAAACACACAGCCCCUCCGGGUCUCCUUCACUCAAAGCCCGCCGUCUGCCGCCGGGGCUCCAGAAGCCGCCGAGCCUCAGGGUUCGGCUCAGGCCGCCGCUGCCGCCGCCGCCUUGACCCCUGCGGCAGCGCGGCCUCACGGGGAGGACUCACCUGGAGGCUGGACGCUCUCUCUGGGGACCGUGCAGGAAGCUCUGUUUGGACGGAAGGUCAUUUCGACUCGAGCCAGCGCGUCCAGCAGCCCGGCACUCUCCUCUGUCGCCAAGGAAACCAGCCAGAACGAGUGAACCUCACGCAGCAGACAGAGCAAUCCCAUCUUUGCUCCCGUCCCUCAGAUAUUUGCUCACCUAUACCUCUUGUGUGCCUCUCUGGAGAUUUCGCAAGAUCGGACAGAAAACAUCAGCUGGUUAGAGGAAUAUUACCCACAGUCC